CACUCGGCGACGCUAUCGAGAGCUAUGCUCCCUCCAAAAAUCCGCGUGCAUUGGCAACAUUGUUUUUUGGUAGUUUACAAAUAAAAUGGCCGAUAUGUGAGGCUAUUUUGUAUGAACAAUAAAAUAUGCAAUUAUUUAAAAUUAAUGACCAUCGACGGUGCGUGCGUCCGAGUGAGAAUAUAGUCUCGAGAGCGCGAAGCGCGGAAAAAGUGGACGGACUGUGAGCGAGAGUGCGGGAGUGCCGCGGGAAGAAGGUGGAGGUUGCCUGAAAGAGUCGUGGACGCCGCGGGUCCGAAGACCGAAACGGAGAUUCACUCACGGUCUCCAACACAUAGAAAAGUCAUUGAGUAACGAACGGUGUGUUUUUUUCUAUUGGUGCACAGUGGCGCGGCAACAAUACGAAAGCGACUCCUGUAUUUACGCAAACGCUCAGGAGACUCAGAAUCGCAGGAGCGACGGCAGAGGCAUUCGCCGCCUGCUUCGAUAUUUUUCCGGCAUUCGCUUCACCUUCACCCGAGACUAGUCUCGCUGGUCUCGCAUAUCGCGGGAUCGGCAGCGGACAGCGGAGCCGCUGAAGGGAGCACAUUGCGUGCCUCGCGUCCACGCUCCAUGCUGCAUAUGACCCGCGCGAGAUAUUAAACAUCGUCACAUUGGCUCUCCGUAUUAUGUGGCCCUGAGGCGCGUAGCUCCUGGCAAGCUCCUUGGACGAACGCGAACACGGGAUUUCGUUUUACACCGCGCCACUCUUGGCGCAGAUAUGAUAUUCCCAUUUGGCGGCCGAUACCGAGAUACUGGAGUGUGACGGGUACGUUUACUUGGAAUCUCUCAAAAUAUUUCCCACAGAUCAGUUUGUUGUAGUGGAAAGGGUUGGUGCGGAAAAUGCGCUGACUAGUACAGAGCGGUCUGCAAAUACCGCGUCUAGCCAGGCUAACCCAUCCAUUACAACUCUUACGAAUAUGUGUACCGCUCCUAGCAAUGCGAGCGCAGGAUUUGGUGGAUACGCUUGGUCCUUCAGCGGACCAGGGACAGAGACCAGAGAGAAUGCCCAGAACGACCUCACGACAAACAUCAGUUAUGCUGUCAACAAUAAUCAAGACCAGGGAUCAAGUCAGAAGAUACAGGUCGAUAUCAAGCCAACCAAGGUUGCCGCUACCACGCAUCGUCGUCCAAUGUUCACAAUGAAUGACAGUUGUCAGCAAACACCUACUACGCAUCACGGCCAUACUGGUGGAGCACACAAUCAAACCCAUGGCACUCAUGUUCGUACUAAAAAGCAUCACGAUGUCUUUUCAUUACCGUGUGACAAAGGAGGCUGUAACUGCGACUCGCCACAUCCUACACCCGCACCUACCUUAUUCCCAAACACCCUAGUUUUUACAACCGCCGACAAGCACGCCAUGAGUAAGCACUUCAUGACACCCCUUGGACCGUUGCAGCUUACAGCAGAAGAGUGCAAUGAAAUCUUAAUGAAGAGAGCAGCCGCUGCGUCUAAUCAAGCCAAUGCUGCGAAUAAUGUGACAACGAACCAGACAGACAGUACCGCUCACUUUGGACAUGUUCUCACACAUGUGAAUACAACGCAGAUUGAGACCAAGGUCAAGCAGCAACAGGAUAUGGGGAGUCAAGUCCGCGUGCCGAAGGAACGGCCGUAUUCCUGUACAGAGUGUGGCAAGUCUUUCUUGCUGAAGCAUCAUCUUACGACACACGCGAGAGUACACACCGGGGAACGACCUCACAUUUGCGCCCAUUGUGGCAAAAGUUUCGCGCACAAACAUUGUCUUCAUACGCAUUUACUGCUCCACAGCGCCGAGAGACCGUACCAAUGUCGCGAAUGUAAAAAGUCUUUCACACUGAAGCAUCAUCUUGUAACGCAUACUCGCGUGCACACGCGGGAACGGCCGUUCGUCUGUCAGGAAUGUGGCAGAGCAUUCCCUCUGAAACGUCACUUGGUUACGCACAGUAAAUUUCAUUCGGGAGAAAGACCUUACGUUUGCGAGGAAUGUGGCGAGUCAUUCUCGCAAAAGGAUCACCUUACGAUGCACUCGCGCUUCCAUGGCAGUCUACACCCGUUCGUCUGCCAUGAUUGCGGCGCGACUUUCCAGAGGAAGUUCGAGCUGGUCAAUCACGGUCGUCUGCACGGCAGGAAUCCGCACUCGUGUACUGUUUGUGGGAAGGAGUUUCUGCAAAAGCGAACACUCUUAGCUCAUAUGCGUUUACAUACCGGCGAGACGCCCUUUGCUUGCACCGUUUGUGGAGAGGCAUUCCCUCGGAAGGCAGACCUGGUCACUCACUCCAAGAUUCACAAUAACAGUGCAAAUACCGACGAGAAAUCUCUCACGUGCAGGGAAUGCGGACUCGAAUUUUCGAAUCGAGAAGCUCUGACUCUACACUUGAGGUUACAUUCUGGCGACCGCACACUCGUGACAGACUUGUGCGGUUUGGCAGCAGCUUUUCAGCAAACCCCAGGGCACUUUCUCACUCCGAAUACUCCAGGAACUCAUCAGAUGAACGGUCCGAUUGGAACGCCCGGCGUCAGUCAUAUGCACGGCGCGACGCAAACGUCACCACCGGUGGGUACAGGACCGAAACCUAAGCCGCAUAUCUGCCCCGACUGCGGUCGCGGUUUCGCACAGAAGCAUGGCUUAUCGCAGCAUCAACGACGUCAUACGGACGGCAGCUGCCACAUAAGAUCCCACGUGUGCGACAAGUGCGGCAAAGCUUUCUUCCAGAAGAAUCACCUGCUGCUGCAUCAGCGUCAGCAUAUGGACCCACCGCCCAGUAUACUUAGACAACAGCAGAGACAAGCUGCCCAAGCCGCUGCUCAACAGGCACAGCAGCAGCAACAAGCGCAGCAGCAACAGGCGCAACAGCAACAGGCGCAGCAGCAGCAAGCGCAGCAGCAGGUGCAGCAACAAGUGCAACAGCAGUCGCAGCAGCAGCAGCAGGUGCAGCAACAAGUGCAACAGCAGUCGCAGCAGCCACAGCAGCAGCAGCAGCAACCGCAACAGCAGCCGCAGCAGCAGCAAUCGUGCACCGUCGAUACGAAGACGAUGCAACUGCAGGCGAUACAGCAGCAAGUGCAACAACAAGUGCAACAGCAGCAGCAGCAGCAGCAACAGCAGCAGCAGCAGCAGCAACAACAGCAGCAGCAACAAACGCAACAACAACAAGCAUGUCCCGUAGACUCUAAAGCGAUACAGCUGAAUGUCACCAUGUGAGACGGUAUAAAGACAGGGGACUGGAGAGUCCCUGCAACAACAAUAGCACUCCCAAAUGCGCACCCUGCUGCCACCCUCUGCACGCACUUUACUUGUACUAACAAUACACAUUAGAUAUAUUUAUUAUCUCUAGAUUUGAGUACGAAAUAAUCAAUUUUAUUACAAGAGUAUAUAUAUAUAUAAAAAAAAAAGUAUACAUACUAUAUUCUAAUUAUAUGUAAGGCUUGUAACAAUAAAAU